UCAAAACGGCAUUCUGUGAAGGCGCCUUGAAGUUGGAGGAGCUGGUGCGCAGAGGAAGCAGUUUCGCGAUUGCUCCCCAGUUGCUGCACUCCAAGCAGCCACGCCGUCACCAUGGGUUCUUUAAAACGCAAAGAGGGCCCCAACGGCGCCUCGGCCUCGAAAUCAAAUCGAGCCGCCCCCGAGUCGCGGCCCUCGAAACGGGCGAAAGCGAGUGAGUCGGCGAAGGCGAAGGACGACAGCAAUAAGGGGGCAAAGGAGUCCAAGCCCCCGGCGAAGCCGCCUGCCACUACCGUGAUCUCGAAACCAAAGGAGGAAGAGCCCUUGUUUCCGCGAGGCGGCGGGAGCGUCCUGACGCCCCUCGAACAGAAGCAGAUCUCGAUCCAAGCGAGGAAGGAUGUCUUGUUCGAGGAGCAGUCCGAGAGCAAGAAGGGAGACAAGGCGGCCAAGAAGAAGAGGCGCAAGUCGCAGGUCGAUGCGACGGUGGCAAAAGCCACCAAGGAUGAGGAUGCGGUCAAGGUGGAAAGUCUGAAUUUCAAGCGAUUGGUCAAGGGCUCACUGGUCCUCGGAACCGUUUGCGCCAUCAACCCCCUCGACAUCGCCGUUGCCCUCCCGAAUAACCUUGUCGGUCAUGUGCCCAUCACCUCCAUAUCCGAGUCUUUGACGCAGCGACUCCAGGAGAGUGCUGAGAAGGAGGAGGCGGAGGAGGAGGAAGAAGAAGAAGAAGAGGAGGAGGGAGGCGGGUCCGGUGAAAGGGGUGCCGACGACGUUGACCUGAACGGCUUAUUCUACAUCGGCCAGUACGUGCGCGCCUAUGUAACGUCGACGCUAGACGAGUCAACACCCGGGAAAUCAAAACGUCACAUUGGCUUGUCGCUGGAGCCAGCCCAUGCCAACACCGGAAUGUCGGAGCAGGACUUGGUUGAGAACAGCACGCUCAUGGCCUCGGUUGCCAGCAUCGAGGAUCACGGCUUCGUCAUGAAUAUAGGCAUCGCCGACUCCGACGUGAAGGGAUUCCUGCCGCGCAAGCAGCUUGACAAGAGCAUCCCCCCCGAGAACCUCCAGCCGGGAUCGGUUCUCCUCUGCAUCGUGACGGGCAGGGCCGCCAGCGGAAAGGUUGUGCAGCUCUCCACGCUCUCCGAUCGCCUCGGCAACCCCAAACACAACCCUGCCGAAGCGACCACGAUUGGCUCCUUUCUGCCCGGUGCCGCAGCCGAUGUUCUCGUGUCCGAGGUAUCCCAGCACGGUGUCAUUGGCAAGGUGAUGGGCCAUCUGGACGUGACAGCAGAUCUUGUUCACUCUGGUGCCGGGCCCGAUGGUGUCGACAUCGUCAACCAGUACAAGGUGGGCUCGCGCCUCAAGGCCAGGAUCAUCUGCACGUUCCCGAAUGCGAAGUUGCCCAAGCUGGGCAUCUCCCUCCUGCCACAUGUCGUCUCGCUGAAGCCCAAGAUCGCGAACAAAGACGGUCAGGAGCUCUUACCAACAGCGAUCCUUGCUCACUCGGCCAUUGUGAACGAGUGCACAGUACGGAAAGUGGAACCUGGCAUUGGCCUGUACGUCGAUGUUGGCGUCGAAGGCGUCCCGGGGUUCGUACACAUCUCGAGGGUCAAGGACGGCAAGGUCGACACCUUGUUUGAAAACAGCGGUCCUUACAAGGUCGGCUCGGUCCACCCCGGCCGCGUGGUCGGCUACAACAACUUUGAUGGCAUGUUCCUCCUCUCGUUCGAGAAGAAGGUGCUAGAGCAACCUUUCCUGAGGAUCGAGGAUAUCCCCAUAGGGGCAGUGGUCCCCGGCGUGGUGGAGAAGCUUGUCAUCAACCAAGACGGCCUCGGCGGUCUCAUUGUCAACAUCGCCCAAGGCAUUUCCGGCCUGGUUCCCGAGAUGCACCUUGCCGACGUCCACCUUCAGCACCCCGAGAAGAAAUUCAGGGAAGGCAUGAAAGUCAAGGCUCGCGUCCUGUCGACGAACCCGGCGAUGCAUCAACUUCGCCUGACGCUGAAGAAGACGUUGGUCAACUCGGAAGCGCCGGCGAUCAAGUCCUACGAUGAGCUCGCAGUCGGCCUGCAGGCACCGGGCACGAUUGUGAACGUGCUUCAGCACGGCGCCAUCGUCCAAUUCUACGGCCAGCUCCGUGGCUUCCUGCCCGUCUCGGAGAUGAGUGAAGCCUACAUCAGCGAUCCCAAGGAGCACUUCCGCGUGGGUCAGACCGUCAGCAUCUACGUCCUCAGCUUCGAUCCCGAAACUCGCAGGCUCAUUGUUUCGUGCAAAGACCCCUCUGCUUUCGGUCUAGAAAAGCAGCUCGCUCUCAAGAAGCUACAGAUUGGCGACCUCGUAUCGGCCAAGGUUACGCAGAAAACCGAGGACGACGUCUUCGUCGAGCUCACUGACAGCUCGCUAAAGGCCAUCCUUCCCGUGGGACACCUAACCGAUAAGUCGGUCAGCAAGACGCAAUCGGCCCUCAAGAAGAUUCACGUCAACCAAACGCUCUCUGAUCUGGUCGUGCUCGAGAAGAACGAGGCCCGGCGGUCCAUCAUUCUCUCUCACAAGCCCAGCCUCGUCCAGGCGAGCAAAGAAGGAAAACUUCUUCGGAGCGUGGACGAUGCCCGGCUGGGGGACACGGUCGCUGGUUUCGUCCGCAACAUCACUGCCACGGCCGCUUUCGUGCAGUUUGCAGGAAACCUGACCGCUCUGCUCCCCAAGACGAAGCUGCCCAAAGAUGCGCAGGACAAGCUCAACUUUGGGUUGUUCAAGUCGCAGUCCCUUGCCGUCAAGAUAACCUCCAUCGACAGGGACCUGGGGCGGCUGCUGGUUGCCAUCCCGUCGGUCUCGGAUGAGGAGGCGAGGAAGUCGUCCAAACCCGCCGACAGGGCGGUCAACGCAUUGGACGACUCAGUCUCCUCGAUGGAUGACCUCAAAAUUGGCAAAAUCACCAAGGCUAGAGUGAAGUCAGUCAAAGAGACGCAGCUCAACGUGCAGAUUGCGGAUAACGUUCAAGGGCGGAUCGACGUGUCACAGAUUUUCGAUAAGUGGGAGGACAUUCCGGACUCGAGGAGGCCACUGAAGCGAUUCAAGCAGAACGACAUACUGGAGGCUCGCGUUCUCGGCAUCCAUGACGCCCGCAAUCACCGCUUCCUUCCAAUCACCCACCGAUCCAGCCACUCGGUCCUGGAAUUGUCGGCGAAGCCCAGCGAUUUGAAACCAGACACGCUUCCUGAGCCGUUAUCUCUCGACAAGAUCGAGCCUGGUUCCAGCUACAUCGCCUUCGUUAACAAUGUCGCCUCCAGCUAUUUGUGGGUGAAUCUGUCGCCGAACGUUCGUGGGAGAAUCAGUGCCAUGGAAGCGUCUGAUGACCUAUCCAAAUUGGCAAAUCUGGAGAAGAGCUUCCCCGUGGGCUCGGCGCUACAGGUGCGGGUUCUUUCCGUGGACAAGGAGAAGCAAAGGGUCGACCUCUCCGCCCGAGCGCCUGGUGAGGCGGCCCAGCUUUCCUGGGAUAAGAUCCAGCAAGGCUUGGUUUUGCCGGCGAAGGUCACCAAGAUCAAUGAUCGUCAGGUCGUCGUCAAGCUGAGCGAGUUGGUUGCCGGGCCUGUGCAUCUGGCCGACCUGGCCGAUGACUACGAUGAAGCCAACCCCCUGUCGCAUUCCAAGAACGAAAUCGUGCGGGUAGCGGUCGUUGAGGUGGACAAGAGCAACAAGAGAUUGAGGCUAUCUAUGCGGCCCUCAAGAGUCCUUAACUCGUCCCUGCCCGUCAAGGACAAGGAGAUCACGAAGAGCACCAAGCUCGAGGUUGGCGACAUCAUUCGCGGCUUCGUUAAGAACGUCUCGGACAAGGGUCUGUUCGUGUCGCUCGGCGGUGAUGUUGUGGCUCACGUCAAGAUCAAGAACCUCUCCGAUGCGUACCUGAAGGACUGGAAGGAGCACUUCCAGGUUGACCAGCUCGUCAAGGGCCGCAUCAUCUCCGUGGCGGACGGCCGCAUCGAGAUGGACCUCAAGCCGUCCGUGGUGGAGCAGGACUACGUCCCUCCGAUCACCAUUGCGGACCUGAGGGAGGGCCAGAUCGUAACUGGCAAGGUGCGCAAGGUCGAGGAAUUCGGUGCCUUCGUUGAUAUCGACGGUUCGAUGAAUCUUUCUGGUCUGUGCCACCGCAGCGAGAUGGCCGACCGGAAUGUGAAGGACGCCAGGACGCUGUACAACGAGGGCGACCGUGUCAAGGCCCGCGUCCUGAAGGUCGACCUCGAGAAGAAACGCGUCAACCUCGGGCUGAAGCCCUCGUACUUCAAGGACGACGAGGUGGACGAUAUGGACGUUGAUAGCGAGGAAGAGGAUGCCGGUGCGGCUCUGAAUGGCGAAGAGGAUAGUGGAGACGAAGAGAUGAGCGACGCUGGUGGUGCUAUCCUCGUUGGCGGCUCCGAUGAUGACGACGAUGAGGAAGAUGAGGAAGACGAUGAUGAAGGGAAGAGCGAUGUCGAGAUGGGCGAAGCGCCAGAGGAGGGACUCACGGGUCUCGAGGCCGGCGGCUUCGACUGGACGGCCGACGCCCUCGACGCCGACGAGGAUGCAAAGGCCGGCCCGGCCGACGAGCCGAUCAAGAAGACCAAGAAACGCCGGGAGCCCCAGGGCAUCGUCGAUAAGACGGCCGAGCUCGAUAUCAACGGGCCGCAAACCUCGAGCGACUACGAACGUCUCCUGCUGGGUCAGCCAGAUUCGUCGGAGCUCUGGAUCGCCUACAUGGCGUCCCAGAUGCAGAUUAACGACCUGGCCAGCGCGAGACAGGUAGCGGAGCGGGCGCUCAAGACGAUCAACAUCAAGGAAGAGACCGAGAAGCUGAACGUCUGGAUCGCCUACCUCAACCUGGAAGUCGCCUACGGCACCGAAGAGACCGUAGAGGAAGUCUUCAAGCGCGCAUGCACCUACAACGACGACCAGGAAAUCCAUGAGCGCCUUGCCAGCAUCUACAUCCAGUCGGGCAAGCACAAGGAGGCCGAGAGACUCUUCGAGGAGAGGAUCCUCAAGAAAUACGGCUCGCGCUCCCCACACGUCUGGAUCAACUACGCGCACUUCCUCCACACCAAGGCCAACCAGCCGGAGCGCGCGCGGGCCCUGUGCAAGCGCGCGACGCAGAUCCUGUGCAACCCGGCCAACGUGCACACCAACCCGUCCCAGGUGUACCUCACGCUGCUGCCCAAGUUCGCGGCGCUGGAGUUCCGGUCGCCCAGCGGCGACCGCGAGCAGGGGCGCACCCUCUUCGAGCAGCUGCUCGCGACGUACCCGCGCAAGUUCGACCUGUGGAACCAGCUGGCCGACCUCGAGACGUCAUCGUUCCGCGACGGCGUGGACGACGUCGGCGUGGUGCGGGACCUGUUCGAGCGCGGCAGCAAGGUCAAGGGGCUGAAGCCGCGCCAGGCCAAGGCCUGGUUCCGGCGGUGGGCCAAGUGGGAGGAGGAGAAGGGAGAUGCCAAGAGCCGAGAGAGGGUGUCGGCCAAGGCGCAGGAGUGGGCUCGGAUGGCGGGCAAGAAGUUGGACGAUGGCAAGAAGGGGGCCGAUGGCGAGGCGAGCGAGGGCGAGGAGCAGUGAAAAUUCCCGACCGCGCGUGAUUCUCUCUCUCUGAGGAUGUGGUGGCUGUGAAGGGUACGGUGGUUGCUUGAGUUGCCUGGUUUGUCU